CUCCGCCCCUUGUGGCUGCCAACACCAUUAUCCCAAUCCCCCUCCCCGCUCCCCCCAUGCCUCCUGAGCAUCAACAGGAAAGGCUGACCCUAGAGAUAAACAUGUGCUGUUGGAAUGUGUUCAGAUAUCACUGCGGAACUAUUUCUCUCCAGGCAGAGGACCUUUCCUGGCAGGCAGGCCCAGAGGUGCUGGAGAACUGUCUUCACCCUGACCAGACAUCAGCCUGGGGGUCCAGUUGAAGUCUCAGCCUUGAGAUCCUGAGGGGAACCAGUGUCAAAGGCUCCCAGCCUCGCCCCAAGUACCGCGAGAUCCGGCGGCGCGGCUACCAUGGCGGCGGCGUUUGAAGAACCGGCUGCCUUAGCGACCAUGGAGACCGCUGUGUCAGCGGAGCGUGCGGCCGCGCAGUUCUCGGCCCCGGAGCCAGUCCCCCGGCCGGUGCGGAGCCUGCGGACGGCUCACGACAUCAGCGGCCCGCGGACCCGCACUGGGGAUGUGCUGCUGGCGGAGCCGGCAGACUUCGAGUCGCUGCUGCUGUCGCGCCCGGUGCUGGAGGGCCUGCGGGCGGUUGGCUUCGAGCGGCCGUCGCCGGUGCAGCUGAAGGCCAUCCCUCUCGGGCGAUGUGGACUCGAUUUAAUUGUUCAGGCUAAGUCUGGAACUGGGAAAACCUGUGUCUUCUCCACCAUUGCUUUGGACUCUCUUGUUCUUGAGAACCUAAGUACCCAGAUUUUGAUCUUGGCUCCCACAAGAGAAAUUGCUGUACAAAUACAUUCUGUUAUCACAGCCAUUGGAAUAAAAAUGGAAGGGUUAGAGUGUCAUGUGUUUAUUGGAGGGACUCCAUUAUCACAAGACAAAACCAGACUUAAAAAGUGUCAUAUUGCUGUUGGUUCUCCUGGCAGAAUUAAACAACUGAUAGAACUGGACUACUUGAAUACAGGUAGUAUACGUCUCUUUAUUCUUGAUGAAGCAGAUAAGCUUUUAGAAGAAGGCAGCUUCCAGGAACAAAUAAAUUGGAUUUAUUCUUCCUUGCCUGCAAGUAAACAGAUGUUGGCAGUGUCAGCUACUUACCCUGAAUUUUUGGCUAAUGCUUUGACAAAGUACAUGAGGGAGCCCACUUUUGUAAGACUAAAUUCCAGUGAUCCAAGUCUAGUAGGUUUGAAGCAGUAUUAUAAGAUUGUCAAUUCAUACCCUUUGGCCCAUAAGAUUUUUGAGGAAAAGACUCAACAUUUACAGGAACUUUUCAGCAAAAUUCCAUUUAAUCAAGCCUUAGUCUUUUCUAACUUACACAGCAGAGCACAACACUUGGCUGAUAUCCUUUCUUCUAAAGGCUUUCCUGCCGAGUGCAUUUCAGGCAACAUGAAUCAGAAUCAGCGUCUUGAUGCUAUGGCUAAACUGAAGCAGUUUCAUUGCAGAGUCCUCAUUUCCACAGAUUUGACUUCCCGUGGAAUUGAUGCUGAGAAGGUGAACCUAGUUGUAAACCUGGAUGUACCAUUGGAUUGGGAGACAUAUAUGCAUCGGAUUGGCAGAGCUGGCCGUUUCGGUACUUUGGGACUGACAGUGACCUACUGCUGCAGGGGAGAAGAAGAAAAUAUGAUGAUGAAAAUUGCCCAGAAAUGUAAUAUCAAUCUUCUGCCUUUACCAGAUCCUAUUCCUCCUGGUCUGAUGGAAGAAUGUUUGGAUUGGGAUGUGGAGGUUGAAGCUGCCGUGCAUACAUAUGGUUUAGCAAGUGUACCUACCCAGCCUCUAAAAAAGCACAUUCAAAAAAUAGAGAGAACCUUUCAAACUCAGAAAGAUCAUGGUAAACACAUGGCUUCAUCUAGAAAUACUUCUUUAUCUGCGGUAUCAGUGAAAUCAAAAAAUAAUGCCAAAAAAAAGCUUCCUGUGAAAAGCCAUUCAGAGUGUGGAAUCGUAGAAAAAGCCAUGUCACCAAAAGAACUGGGCUGUGCAGUACAGUUGGAAGAACAAAUGAAGAAUUCUGUUCAGACCUCUGUUGAAAACCCUACUAACAUUCAGCACCAAGUCAAAGAAGCUUCUGUGUCACUCCCCAAAAUUCCUUGUCUGUCUUCCUUUAAAACCCAUUUGCCAUGCAUUUUGACUUUUGCAGAAUUGGUGGAGGAUUAUGAACAUUAUAUUAAAGAGGGUUUAGAGAAACCUGUGGAAAUCAUCAGACACUACACAGGUCCGGGGGAUCAGUCUGUGAAUCCUCAAAAUGGUUUUGUGAAAAAUAGAAUUACUGAAGAGAGAGUGCAGAUAUUGGCAAGUAGCAGCCAAUCUGGAGACUCUGAGAGUGACAGUGAUUCUUACACCUCAAGGACUUCUUCCCAGAGCAAAGGACAUAAGUCAUACUUGGAAGUUGCUUCUGAUACUCAGCUGAAAGACUUGGAAUCUAUUCCUAUGGAUGGCCAUCUCUCUUUGGAACAGCCUCUGAAUGGAAAUGACACCCCUAGCCUGGUAGAGUAUCAAGAAUCAGCUGAAAUCCAAGUAAAGUCAAGGCAUAAGGAGGGAGCUAACCAUAACCAGAGAGCUAAGCAGAGCCGAAGAAACCUUCCUAGGCGAUCUUCCUAUCGAUUGCAGACAGAACCCCAGGAAGAUGGUUGGUAUGACUGCCAUAGGGAAGCACAUCCAGGUUUUUCUGAUACGUAUCAGGACUAUGAGGAGUACUGGAGAGCUUACUACAGGGCAUGGCAGGAAUACUAUGCUGCUGCUUCUCAGUCGUAUUAUUGGAAUGCUCAGAGGCAUCCAAGUUGGAUGGCAGCCUAUCAGAUGAAUACUGUUUAUCUACAAGAAAUGAUGCGUGGCAACCAGUGACGACAGUAGGCUGUCCCUCACACCAUCUGGGCAUAUCAAGUGAUUACCAUCCUCCUUGACCUAUAGUGGAGUGGCAUAUAGUGGCAUUUUUUGAGGAAUUGGAGAAGUCUUGAGGCUUUCUGCUGGGACAUAGAUUGUUUUGAACUAAAUCAACCUGAUGUAGGUCAAGUGUAUUAUCUUUUUAAAGAAAUUCCCUGGAUUAGAUUCUUGAAAGAAAAUUUGGGGGACGUAAAGCUAAAGGUCCCAGGGUGCCAUUUUCUAUAAGCUGUUCGCAAAAGAAACACUGAAAAAGACUUAUACCACUGCUUACUUUAAAAGAAAUAAAAACCUUGAGAUUUGAAAGGUAA